AUGCAAGGCAUUUCAUCAGAGAAACGGAGCACAAGGCCUAAGCGCUGUUUCUCGAUUAAAUGUCCAAAAAAUGUCGUUCGUAUGCUGGCUUCAAUUAUACAUGAUUCCUACUUGAUCCACCUUGGCUAUUUUGUUGCCAUUUCUUUAGUGGGUUUGAUUCCUUUGAGACUUUCACCCACUAAAAGCAAAGGAUACUUGAAUGUGUUUGAUGCAUUUUACACUAGUGUGUCAGCUGCAACUGUAAGCAGUUUGGGAGUUGUUGCCAUGGAAGAUCUCUCAAACUUCCACCUCGUAGUGAUGAUCAUACUCAUGCUUCUAGGGGCAGAAGUCUUCACGUCCUCCUGCUCUCUCUUCCUUGCGAGGCUCAACCAUUAUCGAUCAAACCUGCAUCAUCACUCGAUGAAUAGUAAUCAAAUGAUUGAUUUGCAUCAAUACCAAAUCACAAGUUAUGAUGAUAAAUCUACAACACACUUUGAUCAUUAUCUCCAUGCAAAGAAUCAGAGUAGAAGAGAAUCAAUAGUGAGCCCUAAAACGGCUAUAGUUGGUCUCAAGGAUAUCAUUGGUGAUGAUUUAGAGCACCCUGAGAUAAAGGAUUCGAGAGAAAAAGCAGCAGAACGUGAUGUUACAAGUGAUGCUGAGAACGUCGUGGAUGGUGAUUUAGAAUAUGAAGCUCUUACUCUUCUUGGCUAUUUAUGUCUAGGCUAUUUUCUGUUCGUUCAGCUAGCUGGAAUUAUGCUUGUUUACAUCUAUUUUUGUGUAUCCAGAGGUGGAGAGAGGAUUCUAAGCGACAGAGGCGUAAGUAAGUCUAUGUUUGCAGUGUUUACAGUGGUGUCGUCGUUUACCAACUGUGGGUUCACUCCACUGAACGAUAAUAUGAUGCCCUUGAGAAAGCACAGUCUUUUGCUUAUGAUAUUGAUGUUUCAGAUACUCAUGGGGAACACCAUAUUUGCUCCCUGCUUCUCAGCAAUCCUACACACACUACGUCAAUUUUCAGGAGUGGGGGUAAGGAGAAAAGUAUAUGAUUAUAUUGUGAAAAAUGGGCGGAGACUGUUUGCAGAUCAUUUCUUCUCCACGGGACAAAAUAUGUGGAUCCUUCUGAGCGCUGUGGGAUUUCUCACAAUUCAGGUAGUUAUGUUAUUUGCUUUGCAUUGGGAUACGGUAGCUCUGGAUGGGCUCACGGCGUGUGAGAAGGUGUUUGGUGGAGUGUUCCAAUCAGUGGCUAUUAGGCACGCCGGAGAAAACAUUGUCAAUCUGCAGCUUCUCACUCCUGCUCUCCUGAUUGUCUACAUCGUUUUCAUGUUUUUAGCACCUUAUCCACUCUAUAAGGUGGGAGAAGACAGCAUGAAUAUAAAAUCAUUGUCAAAGAAGGAGUCAAGUAUCAAUGAGGAGAAAUGGGAUAUUAGAAUGCAAUUUGAAAAGCUAUUCUUGCAUGAUUCAUGCUAUCUUUUUAUAGCAGUUAUGUUCAUUUGCAUCACAGAAAGGCACAACCUUUCUCAAGAUCCACUUAACUUUAAUGUUUUGGCUAUCGUCUUUGAAGUUGUCAGUGCAUACGGAAAUGUUGGAAUUUCUUUAGGUUACAGUUCUGUCCUAUUUAACAAAAUGUCAAAAGAUUAUUGCAAAGAGGUAACCUAUAGUUUCUCUGGGAAGUGGAGCACCAAAGGAAAACUCAUAAUUAUAAUGGUGAUGUUCUUUGGUCGUGUUAAGGGAAUCAAAUCAUCUUUGAGAAGAAAGCCCCACAUCAACAAUGUAAAUUUGUGCAGUUUUAGUUAA